AUGGGAUUCGAUGGAUCAUUAAGACCAAAACAACCUCGACCUUAUACACAACCUCCGCCGUCAACAGUAGGAACUGCAUCAAACGGAAAUCAAGCGUAUAAUCGUGGAGUCGGAACACCGACCCAUCGAGUAGUAUCCUCUAUGUCAGGAUUCGCUGGAGUGAGUAGAACUUACUUGAACAGCAGUUCGUAUAUGGCUGCUGGGAAUACGGCGAUGAAUCAAAUGACGACUGCUUCUGCACAAGGAACAGAUUCUGUUCAGCAACUCUCAAUUCCACCACCACCACCACCAAGUCGUCCACUGUCAGCUCAUGAUAUGACAGCACCUGAAGAGCCAUCGAAAAAAAUGGAACUUGAAAUUAUCGAGGAAGUGGUUAAGAAAGAACCAGGUUUAGCAGAGCGUGUUACUUCCCUUAAAAUCAAUGGCAUCGGUUUUGAUGUUGAUUUUGUGGUUGGAUCUGCAUUAAAUACUGCACAUUUCGAAGCACAUCGUGUUGUGAUGGCUGCAGGGUCAAAAGUGCUUGAGAGAAUGCUUUUCGGUGAAGACGAAUCUUCAUCACCACUGAUUAAGAAACGGAAGGGACCAGACUUGAAUUGUCCAAUAGUUACAAUACACUUCUCUGAUGUUGAUCCAGUUGCUUUCCAAACAAUUAUUGAUUAUGUUUAUUCGGAUUUCAACGAAGCAGCGAUUGAAAUUGCAGAAUCAGCUGUACUUAAUACACUAUAUGCCGCAAAAAAAUUCGAAAUAGCAGCAUUAGAAAAACAUUGCGUUGAACUGCUUGGUGAAUUGACGCCGUCAUUAGCAGUCGCACUUUUGGAACAGGCAGUUAACUUUGGUUCAGAAGAAUUGCUGCAUCGAUGUCAUCAGGUUAUCGAUGAACAAAGUGAUGAAGCACUUUCAUCAGAUUCACUUACUAAUGUCAGUAUUGAGACCCUAAAAAAAUUGGUUAGACGUUCAGAGCUUUCACCAUCAGGAGAAUUGUCAGUUUUCAAAGCAAUGUGCAAUUGGGCUGUAGCGGAAUGUAAGCGUCGUGGGAUUGAAGAAACUGCGGAAAAUAAACGCCUCGUUGUUGCCGAUGUUCUCAAUGAUGUGCGAUUCCCAACAAUGACGGUUGAGGAGUUGGGUGAAGUAGCAAAUUCUGGCAUCUUGAAUGAUUUGGAAAUUGGUGUUCUCUUCCGUUACGUGACAUCAACUGUUCAUGUGGGCAUCGAUUUGCCUUAUCCCACACAUGAGCGAAGGAUUUUGAGUCGAUCGCGGUAUGUAGUGCGACGUUUCAUGAAUCUUAGUAAGAAUACAUGCAAAAAGCAACGCAGUACAAUUUGGUUCAUUGUGAAUCGCGAAAUACUGGUGACAGCGCUUGGCAUCUAUGGCUUAGUACAGAAUGAAACGAAUGCUGAGGGCAGCGAAUGGGAAACGACCGUUGAUGUUGAGGUGGCAUCUUCUGGUCAGGCAAAGGCAACUGAUUUUACAUCUGCAACGCUGAAAGGUACAUAUGGUGAUGGACGCGCAUUCAUUGCACAUUUUAAAAAACCCGCACGAAUUAUUGCAAAUAUGCCGUACAGAGCAACGGUCACGUUCAAGGAAGAAGUCGAAACAUUUGCUGGAGGAAAUGGUCAAGAAGAUAUUCUCGUUUAUGUUGGAUCGGGGGGUGCAAUUGAGCAAAACUGUAGCGGUACCACUCCUUCAGUUGAUCAGUCUUCCGUGGCAGCUUUCGCCUUUCAUAACGAUGAUCCAAAUGGUAUUCGUCGAGGUAUGACACGUGGUCCUGCUGUGUACACCGAUGCUAUCGGAGGUUUCUACAAUCGACCUACCAAUAACGUUGCACCAAUCUAUUCUGAAGGUUGUCUUUACGAAGGACAAAUUCCAGAAAUUCAUUUUAUGGCACCAAUGGAAGUGAAAAAAGAGCUUUCAGAUGUGUGA